UCCUCCUCUUGUGGCUCCAAGUGGUUGUCUCUUCUUCGCUUUGCCAUUUCCACAACCGACUUGCUCCUCCUCAAACGCACCCACGCUCUUACCAUAACGUCAGGCCACUCCUCCUCAGACCGUUUCCUCACUAACAACCUCAUCACUGCUUAUUCCAAGUGCUCUUCUCUCUCCUCUGCCCGCCACCUGUUCGAUCAUUAUCCCCACCCAGAUCUUGUCUCCUGGAAUUCCAUUCUCUCCGCCUAUGCCCAUGCCCUCUCUUCUUCUCCCCACGACUCUUCUUCCAUUGUUCAUCACCACACUCUUCAACAGGGUUUUCGCCUUUUUCGUCUUCUUCACUCCUCUUCCUCCUUUCUUCCCACUAAGCUCACUUUAGCUCCCGUUUUAAAGCUGUGUUUGAUUUCCGGAUGCCUCCCCGCUGCUCAAAUGGUUCAUGGGUAUGCGGUUAAAAUCGGUUUGGAUCGUGAUGUUUUUGUCUCUGGUGCUCUUGUUAACAUUCACUCAAAGUUGGGGCGAGUUUGGGAUGCUUGGGCUUUGUUUAAUGACAUGCCUGAUCCUGAAAAGGAUGUUGUGUUGUGGAAUAUAAUGCUUAAGGCAUUUGUCCAGAUGGGUCUCAAGUAUGAAGCUUUCCUUCUUUUCUCCGAAUUUCAUCGAAGUGGAUUGCACCCCGAUGACCUUAGUGUCCAAUGUGUUCUUGGCGGGGUUUCUGAAUCUGACGACCGACAAGGUAAUGACAUGUUUGUGAAGCAAGUUCAAGCAUAUGCAACUAAAUUGUUUCUGCACAAUCAAACUUCAGAUGUAUUCUUGUGGAAUAAACACAUGUCUGACUAUAUCCAUGCUGGCGAUCGUUAUGCCGCUGUUGAAUGCUUUAUAGAUAUGAAUAGAUCGAACGUAGACUGUGAUAGCGUGACACUUGUAAUUGCUCUUUCUGCUGUUACGGGGAGCAAUGAUUUAUUAGAGUUGGGGCAGCAAAUUCAUGGCAUGGCAAUGAAAUUGGGUUUCAAUUUAGAUGUUACAGUUGCAAAUAGUCUUAUUAACAUGUAUUCAAAGGCUGGGUGCCUAAGUUUUGCACGCAAAGUAUUUGCUAGCAUGGAGGAGUUGGAUUUAAUUUCAUGGAACUCGAUGAUAACUACUUAUGCACAAAGUGAUUUAGAGGAGGAAUCUGUGACCCACUAUCUAGGUCUGUUGAGUGACGGUUUCAGACCUGAUAAUUAUACGUUAGCAAGUGUUUUGAGGGCAUGCUCUUCACUUACUUCAGGAUUGUCUCUUGUUGAACAAAUUCAUGUUCAUGCAUUGAAAACUGGGAUCGUAAUGGACAAUUUUGUUUUGACAGCACUAAUUGAUGUUUAUUCUCGGAUAGGAAAGAUGGAAGAGGCAGAGUUGCUUCUACAAAAUAAGGAUGAAUUUGAUUUGGCAUCUUGGAAUGCCAUGAUGUUUGGGUACAUAAUAUGCAACAACAGUUGUAAAGCAUUAAAACUCUUCUGUCUGUUGCACAAAAGAGGAGAGAGAUCAGAUGAGAUCACGUUAGCAACUGCUGCGAAAGCCUGUGGUUGCUUAGUAGAUUUGAAACAAGGUAGGCAAAUUCAUGAUCAUGCUAUAAAACUUGGAAUUGAUUUGGAUUUAUGUGUCAGUGGUGGUAUUCUUGAUAUGUAUAUUAAAUGUGGAGAGAUGGAGGAUGCACGUACGGUUUUCCAAGAAAUCCCUUCACCCGAUGAUGUUGCUUGGACAACUAUGAUAUCGGGAUGUGUGGAAAAUGGAGAAGAAGACCUUGCUCUUUUGAUAUACUAUCGGAUGAGGCAGUCUGGUGUAACCCCCGAUGAAUACACCUUUACUACACUCAUCAAAGCCAGCUCUUGCUUAACGGCGUUAGAACAAGGAAGACAAAUUCAUGCAAAUGUGAUCAAGUUGGAUUGUGCUUCAGACACUUAUUUAAGGACUUCUCUAAUUGACAUGUAUGCAAAGUGCGGCAACAUAGAAGAUUCAUAUCGCUUAUUUAAAAGAACAAAUGUCCAAGAUAUUGCCUUGUGGAAUGCCAUGUUGGUUGGUUUAGCUCAACAUGGACAUGGCGAGGAAGCUCUAAAACUUUUCAAAAACAUGAAACUUCUUGGCAUUAAACCUGAUCGGGUUACCUUUAUUGGAGUUCUUUCAGCAUGUAGCCAUUCUGGAUUAAUUUCUGAAGCUUACUCAUACUUCCAUUCAAUGCAUCAAGAUCAUGGUAUUCAACCAGAGAUCGAGCAUUAUUCUUGCCUUGUUGAUGCUCUUGGUCGUGCAGGACAUGUUCAAGAGGCACAAAAUCUGAUUGCAUCAAUGCCCUUUGAAGCAUCUGCUUCCAUGUAUAGAGCCCUGCUUGGUGCUUGUAGGGUUCUAGGUGACACAGAAUCUGGAAAACGGGUGGCUAGUCGGCUCUUGGCUUUAGAGCCAUUAGACUCAGCAGCUUACGUUCUUUUAUCUAAUAUCUAUGCUUCCACUGAUCAAUGGGAUGAUAUGAAGAAUGCUCGGAAAAAGAUGAAGAGAAAUAAUGUAAAGAAGGAUCCGGGGUUUAGUUGGAUAGAUGUGAAAAAUAAAAUGCAUUUGUUUGUGGUGGAUGAUAGAUCACAUCCACAAGCUGGCAUGAUAUAUGACAAGGUGGAGGAUUUGAUAACACUGAUAAAGAAGGAAGGAUAUGUUCCUGAUACAGGCUACGUGAUGCUUGAUGUGGAGGAAGAAGAAAAAGAACGUGCUCUCUAUUACCACAGUGAGAAGCUAGCAAUAGCUUUUGGACUGAUAGUCACUUCUCCAUCUACAAUAAUCCGGGUGAUAAAAAACCUUCGAGUUUGUGGGGAUUGCCAUAAUGCAAUCAAAUAUAUAUCAAAGGUGUCUCAACGUGAAAUUGUGCUAAGAGAUGCAAAUCGCUUCCAUCGAUUCAGAGAUGGAACCUGCUCUUGUGGUGAUUACUGGUAGGGUGGUAAUGUGAAAAUUGAUAACCAUAGAUUUGCAUGGAUAAGGAGGUUCUGUGAGUUCAGUUGAGAACUAGAUAUCAUGUACUUCUGUGAAAAAAAAACAUUAAAACUCCAUGAUACAGUGAAUCAUAGUGAAUGUGCAAUGGAUGCAUUGAAUAAUUCCAAGUUUGGAUGCUGGGUGUUUGAUGCCAAUGCCAAUGAGGAAUCCAUCUGAUGCCUUCAAUUUGAAUACAUAGUAGGUAUCACUAGGUAAUUGUCAAAAAUGUUCGCUAUCAUCAUAGUGAAGUUGCGCAGUUCAAUUUUGAAACUGCCUAAUCACCAUCCCUUAUCUUUUUUCCUGCAUUUCAUUUCAUGAAUGUUUGAUUUUAUGCUUAUGUGAGGGUAUGCUAAGUAUGAGGGAACAAGUUCAGGAAUUUUUAAUCAAACCGGUGAGUUGGCCUAAAAUUUGGGUAUUUUCUUUGAAAAUAAAAUAAAAGGUUAUCUUGUUGAAACCA